AUGGGUCUCCUUACAGCCCACGGGCCAUCCUACGCCGAAGAGCAGCUCACAGCCCAGCUCGCAAACAUCGCCACCCUCCCCGUCCAUCUCCCCCCCACCGCCCAGCGCUUCUCCGCCUCAGCCCAGCCCUCGCACCACAUCCAGACAGCCCUCUCAGACCUCUCAGACCCCAAGCAGCUCACAAGUCAGAAGCUUGUCCAGGUCUUGGAGGGACUUGUCGAGUCCAGGGAGCAGCAAGUGCACACCCAGGAGCAGACAAGUGAGCUCGAUGAGCUUUUCGAGAAAGAGGUCGUAGGAAGAGCCGUCACUGUCCUCUGGAAGGAGAUUCUAGACGAGUUUGUCCAGGGCGCACUGAAGCUCGAGAAUGAGCGGGCAUGGUGGGAUUCGGUGCUCAACAGCCGGAGAGGGGUCAGCUACUAUCUGAUCCAGACUAUGCCCCAUCGACUCUGGAGCGCCAUCCCUCCGAGAUCCCAAUUCACUCUUUCAGCAAUCAGAGACAUUCGAUUCCCUUCCAAAGACCUUCUCUUCAAACCCCUGCAGUCAACCACCUCUGCCGCCCUCACCUCCAUCACUUCGCCCUGGACCUUGACCCGGCGAGAAAUUCUCUCCUCGCGCACCGAGCUCACUCAAGCGCGAGAUCGCGCUGCCCACAAGAUUGGCGUACUUGCAUCGCAAGGCCCGAGAUGGGGGCAAGAACAAGAAGGCGUCCAGGCAUUCGGCGAUGUCGGGUCAGAGACGCAGCGAAUUUACACAGCUCUGUGCUCAAUCCUCGACGUCCCCUUACCCAAGCCCCGCAAAUCGCGAUCAGCGACACCCCCGCAGUCCAUAGCUACCCCAACUACUCUUCUGGCUCUUCUCAAGACCCACCUCCCGUCAUCAAAAGCUGUGCUUGAGCGCACUGUCACCAAAAAUGGUAGACCUGGCUCCCUUACAAGACUAUGGUUCCCGCUUCUCUUCCUGCCCCCCACGCUCUACAUUGUUGUCACCAGCAUUGCGAGAAACAAAGAAUGGAUGAAGGAGCAGGUGCAGAAUGGGAAAGAGACUGUAAAAGGCUUCUUUGUCCAGUGGGUCUGGGAGCCAUUGGAAGGAAUUGGAAAGACUUUGAGGGGCGGUGGAGAGGGCCUAGGCGUUGCUCCUACCACUGUCAAAUCUGAUCAGGAGUCGCUGGAGAGAAUGGUUUUGGAUCUCGGUAAAGACUACUAUCACCUGUCCGGCCCUGCUCUCGAGGCUUUGGGCGAAAAAGUAAAGACUGGUAACAUGGAAGAGGUCUUGCGCGUCUAUGAGAAGGAGCUUCAAAGCCCCGUCAAGAACGCUCUUAUGGGCAGCCUUAUCAGGACCCUACUGAUCCAAGUCCAAAAGACAAAGACCGACCUCUCCCUCUCGCUUCUCUCACUAGACCACCUGCUCCGCUCCCAGCAGCUCACAUUCGCCUUUGUCGGUCUUGCCCCUUCUUUACUCGUCCUCUACGCCACCGGCGGCUGGCUUCAAGGCAUCUGGAAGGGCGAAAAACGAGGAAAGGGACGCAGACGGCAGUAUUGGAGUUCUCUUCGGGACAUUGAGCGGCUGUUGAUCACGGCCCCCCAUCAUCAGAGUGAGAUGAGUCCUCUCGGUCAGGGCCUGUUGAUUGUUGGCGUCUCAAAUUUGAGGGAUUGGGCAAAGGGAAUGGCAGGGGGCAAGAGGGAGGCGUUCAUGGAUGACUUGAGGAUGUUGGAGAACCCCAGUUUGGGGAGGGGUGAUAAGCUUCGAGUGGUGGAAAGGAUUUGGAGAUGCUGGGGCGUGGACGGACGGGGUAAGGUUUAG